UGCCCGCUGUCGUGCCAGAUGACUCGAUGCCCGCUGUCGAGCUUGGUGACUCGGUGCCCGCUAUUGAGCCUGGUGACUCUGUGCCCACUGUCGUGCCAGAUGACUCGGUGCCCGCUGUCAUGCCAGAGGACUCGGUGCCCGCUGUCGAGCCAGAUGACUCGAUGCCCGCUGUCGAGCUUGAUGACUCGGUGCCCGCUGUCGUGCCAGAGGACUCGGUGCCCGCUGUCGUGCCAGAGGACUCGGUGCCCGCUGUCGAGCCAGAUGACUCGGUGCCCGCUGUCGAGCCAGAUGACUCGGUGCCCGCUGUCGAGCCAGAUGACUCGGUGCCCGCUGUUGUGCCAGGUGACUCGGUGCCCGCUGUUCUGCCAGAUGACUCGGUGCCCGCUGUCGAGCUUAGUGACUCGGUGCCCGCUGUCGAGCUUAGUGACUCGGUGCCCGCUGUCGUGCCAGGUGACUCGGUGCCCGCUGCCGUGCCAGGUGACUCGGUGCCCGCUGCCGUGCCAGGUGACUCGGUGCCCGCUGUCGAGCUUGACGACUCUGUGCCCACUGCCCAGCCUGACAAGCCUCUGUCCGCUGCCCAGCCUGACGUGCCUCUGUCCGCUGCCCAGCCUGACGUGCCUCUGUCCGCUGCCCUGCCUGACGUGCCUCCGCUGCUGCCCAGCCUGACGUGCCAGCC